AUGGCAGCGGGACAAGAACUACUUCACAACAAGCAGAAGAAGAAAGAAGAAAAACAUGAUGUUGAGAAACCGAAGGGCCCAGGAGCGACCCCUUCACACUUCGUUGACUAUCCAGAAUUCGAAUUCUGGUUCUCGAGAUUCGCUCAAGGAGAUUUGGAUUUGGAUUAUGAUAGAAAUUCCGAUCCGAAAACCCGCUCCCUCACCGACUUGCCACUAGAAGUUUUCAAAAACGUUGGCGAAUACUUGAAGCUACAUGAAAGAUUGAAACUCCGUGAUGUGUGCAAAGAUAUUCGAUAUCAUGUCGAUAACUGGGAUCACAAAGUGACCGAGAUUUCGUAUUGCAAGUCGGAUAAUUGGGAAGUCCGCGAGACGUCGAUAUAUUAUUCGUUUGACAGUUAUCAACAACAUAACAUUCCGUCCAGUUUUCAUCAGAAUCCUAAUUCUUUCUUGAUGAAUAUUCUGAACUUCCCGAAACUUCAAGUGGAGGAAUUGAAGAUUGAUGAAGAAGAUGAAUAUUGGGAGAAAUUCAUCAGAGGACUGGACGAAUCAAAUAGGAAACUUUACGUGAAGAAGGUCGAUUUUCUAAACCGUAACCGUAAAUCAAAAAUGGAUUUGCACUUUAUGAUUCCCGGAGUGAAGAGAUCAAAAUGUUGA